CUGUCGUCCUCCUCCUCCUUCACUGGCGCUGCGCAUCCGAAAUGUCGCCUGAGAAACCCUGCAGCUUCACAGAUUUGCUUUAAACAUGGCCCGCAAGAAGUCUCCCAAGCCAUCUCCGGCCCCGUCUCCGGAGGUUCCAGCUCCUGCCGGAACUGGCUUUUCCGACUCGGUCUGCGAUUCAUCACGAGGUGCCUCUAGCUCCUCCGCCUUGCCCCACCUCGCGAUCGCUGCUGCCGCCGAUGAAGCAGCGGCGGCGGCGGCGGCGGCGGCGGCGGCGGCGGCUCCCCCUCCUCCUCCUCCUCCUCCUCCUCCGCCGGUAUCUUCUCCCUCCUCUGCCCUGUCCCUGUGUCGAGAAGCAGAGGAGGCGGCUCGCGAUGGGAAUCUCCGCAAAGCCCGGCGCCUCAUCGAGGUAUGCUUGUCUCACCCUGAAAAAUCGCAGCACUUAGGACAGAUAUAUCGUGUUCAUGCCGAGAUAUGCGCGUCGUUCGCGAGUCUUGUCGCCGACAAGGACGAGAAAGCACGUUAUUCGGCGGCGGCCAAGGAAUCGGUCCUCCAAGCCGUACAGUUACGACCUACGUCGGUCGAAUACUCCCAUUUUCUCGCCAAGUUGCUUUAUCGGCAGGCCAUGGAGCGGGACGACUAUGCCGCAGUAAUUGCCGAGUGUAAGCGGGGGCAAGGGCUAUGCAUCCAGUUUCCUCGGCAACAGAGCGCCUCCACACGGAAGGAGUUGGGUAACUUGCUUUGGAGUUCGCAUUUAGCGAUGGUGCGAGAUCCCGAUUCAGUUCCCAGUUCUGUGGCGGCCUCUGAGGCUGAGGCUGAGGCUGAGGCCGAGACUCUCGCGGCAAAAAGAUUUGGAGAAAAGAGGGAGAAGAGUCUGGCGGCGAAAAAACAAAGAGACAAGAGGGAAUUGGAUAGCACUGUGUCGGAGAAGAUCGUUCGGGAGUACUGGAAUUCCCUGAUAUAUGAGGAGAGGAAAGAGUGGCUUCGGAUUGAAAUCUCUGAUGUGUUGAAACAUGUGAAGUCCUUGAACAUAAGUUGGGUUGAGACAUCUCUGGACGAUGCACUGGCGUGCUGGAAGGAUAACGGGUCAUGGCAGAGCUUCUCUUGUCUCUAUGACAAGUGCAGGGUUUCAAGUAAUCCGGAACCUCUCAAGCAACAUAUUCUCCGAGAGCAUGUGGCAACUUUUGCAAGCCUGAACAAGCUACGAAUCAGUGACAAUACGGCUGACGUGAUAGUAAAGUCUUCCUGGAAGCCCGUGGAUUGUGAAGCCACAUCGAAAGUCCCUGGGGAUAGAUCCGAAGGAAGGGGAGGCAGCGGUGGCGGCAGUGGCACUCAACUACACCUUUCCCCUGAUCGCUGGAUUGUCUCUGCUGACUCCAAGUGCAGUCGGCACCUGGAAGAGAUCCAUUCCUUACUUUCAGAACUGAUAAGACGUGGGUGUCUUGCCAAGAGUCAUAUUGAAAUGGUUUCGGGAUUUGCAUCGAAGCUCAGCAAUAUGCCGGAUAAUAUUCUUGUGGAUAGCGGGCUGAAAUACUUCCCCUCGAGUGUGUGGUGUUUAGGAGCCACCCAGCUUUCGAAAAUCCUUCCAUUUCUGAGGCGCAUAAUAAAUAACAGUUGCAUUGAAGAUAGCAAUGCAGAGAAGUCUAUGGACAUGCUUAAAAUAAUGGAAAUGGAGGAUCAAAUUAUUCUCAACCACGAGGCAUCUUGUUUUGUCUUGCAGGAAGGUCAGCUGCUAGAUUUUUCAUCCAAAAAAGGGUGGGAAGAUUGGAUCCUGACAGUGAACCAGAAAGAGCGAGAAGCUGGGGUUGUAAUGGAUAUGCUUCGAAAUGAAGGUUCUGUUCUGCAAAUCCUUGGUGACAGCAGAAGUGAGCUAUUGAAUGAACAAACAGCGCCUUCAGCACAGAGGAUGCAGGAGAUCUGUACCAAGGAUGCGUUAAUAUUGCAAAAAGUGGCUAGAAUAGAGAAACUGGCACAUGAGUUUACAGCUGUUAAAGCAAUUGAUUAUCAUGCGCUGUUGGUACCACUAGUCGUCUCAAUUGUUCAGGCAAAACUCAAAGAGACAGCCAUGAUGUGUGCCACUAAGAAGUCUGAAACUGCAGCAGAGGAACUCAUGAAAGAGAACGUUUUCAUUACAGGGAAAGGCCAAAGAGGAAAUUAUAUUGACAGACCUUUGCAGAACAAGAAUAGGAAGAAGAAUAAGAAGAAAGGAAGUGGGAAUCCUGGGGAUGUUGAGGGGCAGGCAACUGAAAGUGGCGAGGGGAUUGUGAUUCAUGAUGAAACUAAUGAGCCAGGUUCAUCCUCAUUGGCACAGCAGCCUCCAAAUUCAAAUACAGAUAACAAUGAAAUGGAAGAAGAAGAAGGGGAGUCAGAACAGCUUGGAGAUAUCCCUCAUAUCCCUGCUGUUGAGGAUGUAAAACAAGCAAAAAUAGGAAGGAAAGGCAAGCAGCAGACAUAUAGUAUGGAAAAGUUAGAGUUGCAUUGGAAUUCUUUAACGAUGUGUGAAAAGAAACAGCUGCUUAUCAUAAAUGUUUCCGACUUGAAGGAUUUUUUCGGGUCUUCAAAAGUUGAUUCUAUUGACCAGUUUAUAACAGAGUCUUUGGAGUUUAUAGGAACUCAUGGAACAUGGGCUUCAUUUAUUUGUUGCAAAUGCCAAGGCAAAUUUGGGGAUUUGAACUCUCAUAAGCAGCAUGUUCUAAGAGACCAUUUGGAUAACCAAUCAGGAGAAAUACAGGCUGGUUUGUCAGAAAGCAUCCUUGUUGCUUCGGAUAAGAUUAUUAACAGCCUCCCUUGGAAACCCUUGGAUGUUUCCGCAGCAUUACACAUGCUUGAGAAUCAGGAUGUUGGAGAUAAUAGUCCUGUGCCAUACUCUUCAAUCAGUAAUUGGUUGACAUCUGAUGACUCUCUGCGUAUAGAACUUCUCAAGAAAAUUCAACAAAGAAUUAAGGAGCUGAUAAGGCAUAAAUAUCUUGCUGCCAGUCAUCUUGAUAGGAUUUUGCAGUUUAUAAGGGAUGAUCUCCAAGGCAUUACUCCAGGCUCUUUGUUUCACAAGUAUGGACUAGACUGCAUGCCAACUGGCAUAUGCUUCGUAGGAGCCACCCAGCUUAGGAAAAUCCUCAAAUUCUUGGACCAGAUAUUUGAUUAUUGUGGCUUGGUUCUAGAUUCAGAGAGGAGCUACACUUUGUUGGAGGAAGCAAGCAGCAUCACUGAAGGCAUGCUGAAGGAUGAUGAGGAUGUCAUUGUUCCUAGUGAAGGUGCAUCCUGUUCGCUUCAGCAUGGAGAGCUCCCUCUAAGUAAAUGCACAACCCCCGCAAGUCUAGAGACUUUCCUUAAUGUCUGCUUUGAAGAGGACACAUCUGAUGCUGCUAUCCUCCACUGGAUAUUCACAGAAUGCUCCACAAGGGAAGCAUUAAGAUCUUGGAAGCAUAGUAUCGAGGAGAAGAUACAUCAAGGUGAAGAAGUACUCAAGAUGCUUCGGGAGCUAUACGAUGACCUCUGCCAGCUUCGGGACCGGAGACUUGAUCUUCUAAACUAUGAAGAAGCAUUAAUUGGACUCGAGGUUCUGGUUCAUGAAGAAGGUGGGGCAAAAUCGAGUGGCCCCAGAUGUGUAAAUCGCAGCAAGGCGUCUGGUUUGAGGGAUCGAUUGAGUAAACUUAAGAAGAUACACGAAAACAUGAAUCUCAAGAGUAGGUGUGAGAUGGAUGCAAUAAGCAAUGUCUUAGAAGGAGCUGAGACUCUGAAUGCUUAUUUGGAUAAUAAGGUAGAUGCUCGUGGUAGCUUGACUUGGAGGCCAUGUGAUUUGGUAUCUAGUGCAGAAGAUACUUGCAUCGAACUUGCAAUGUGUAGGCAGAAAAGCCAAGUUUCUCAUGAGAUAGUCAAAAUUGACGCCAGAAUAUUGAGAGAAGUUUCUAUGCUGCAGCAGAAGGAGGAUAAGCUCCAGGAUCUCUCUGUGCAUGAUUAUCAAUCAGCAUUGCUGCAUCUUGUAAAGUCUUUUCUAAGGGCGCGCUUGGAGAGAAUGAGCAAGAGCAUUUCUGCUGAGAAAUCUGAAGCUGCAGGAGCUACAUAUUCGAAAGGAAAGAACAAGCUGAAGCAGAAGAAGCAGAGAGCAGGAAAAGGACCAAAGACAAAGCCGACAACCUGAAGGUUCUCCUUGCAUGCUUUGGUUUGGUUUCAGUUUUUCAUUGGCCAAGUUGUGCGAGAAGAUCUGUUAAACCCAGCCAUGAGACUUUCUUAUAUGAAUUUCAAAGCAAAAGCUUUUUAGCAAGACAUGCAUACGAGCAGCCAAACACAAUGCUGACAACACCCGCAGAUUUUCUUAUGCAGCAGCUUCUUUUCUCGAUGGAAGCUGGACUUUUUGCUGAAUGCACAAGCUUAUUCAAAUUCAGGCUAACUACAACACUUGUACGUAUCGUUGGUUGUAGUCUCCUGAUGACCAUUGCUUCGUGUUGGGGUUUUGUUGAAAUAGAUAUUUUACAUUCAUCUUUCCAACGUAAAGAGGGGGCGGAGCAGAAUGAUCUCUUUACAUUGCAUAUUUGAUCAAUUUGUCACGUUGUUUAUGGAAUUAUG